AUGGGCUGCUGUGGCUGUUCUGGAGGCUGUGGCUCCAGCUGUGGGGGCUGCGGCUCCAGCUGUGGGGGCUGCGGCUCCAGCUGUGGGGGCUGCGGCUCCAGCUGUGGGGGCUGCAGCUCCAGCUGUGGGGGCUGCGGCUCCAGCUGCUGUGUGCCCGUGUGCUGCUGCAAGCCCGUGUGCUGCUGCAAGCCCGUGUGCUGCUGUGUGCCAGCCUGUGCCUGUUCCAGCGGCGGCUCGUGUGGGGGCUCCAAGGGAGGCUGUGGCUCCUGUGGGGGCUCCAAGGGGGGCUGUGGCUCCUGUGGGGGCUCCAAGGGGGGCUGUGGCUCCUGUGGGGGCUCCAAGGGGGGCUGUGGCUCCUGUGGGGGCUCCAAGGGGGGCUGUGGCUCCUGUGGCUCCUGUGGCUGCUGCCAGUCCAGCUGCUGCAAGCCCUGCUGCUGCCAGUCCAGCUGCUGCCAGUCCAGCUGCUGCAAGCCCUGCUGCUGCCAGUCCAGCUGCUGCAAGCCCUGCUGCUGCCAGUCCAGCUGCUGCAAGCCCUGCUGCUGCCAGUCCUGCUGCUGCAAGCCCUGCUGCUGCUCUUCCGGCUGUGGGUCCUCCUGCAGCCAAUCCAGCUGCUGUGUCCCCGUUUGCUGCCAGUGCAAGGUCUGA